AUGGGUGGUGCUGCUGACGCUAAGAACGGCCAUUUCAUUGGCAAUUGGGGCGAGUUCGGCUGCCCGACCCCCCAGCGCAUUGCCUCCUAUUCGCUCUCCUCCAACCGCCAGCGUCCCUUUGCUGGUGCCUUCCACGCUGCCAUCUUCAACAGCUUCCGUCGUUUCCGCCACCAGGUCCUCUACGUUGUUCCUCCCUUCAUUGUUGCCUACGCUACCAUGAACUGGGCUGUUGAGCGCAACGAGUUCCUUAACUCCAAGCCCGGCCGCCUGCUCGAGGGUGCUAGCGGCGAGGAGUAA